UUUGAAUGAGCAGCUCUGCAAAAGGGGAGGAAGCAGGGCGAAGCAGAGAGGAGUGACUUUCUUUCAAAAAUAGUUCACUUCAUCGCAGCAGCAGCAACCGGUGCAGUAGCUGCUGUGGGUGUGUGUGGAGGGCGACAAUCAUGGCUCUUUACGGAAAUAAAUAACGGGACUGGUGAACGAUUACAUCCUAACUUAGGUGGAGGUCACAAAAAGAGCGAAGGGGAGUGAAGAAACUUGGUUGCGGCUGAAGUCGGUGCCACACGGGUCCUGUGUUGAUGUAUUUGGACGCGAAUACCUGCCAAGAAUAGUCCCGGUUUGCUUCUUUAAUUUGCCAAAGGAACUUUUGAGCUGCUUGGUUCACCGUCAGAACACGACGUCCUUCAUUGAAGACCCCCCCCCUGCAGUCCUGCGUGACCUCCUGACCCUGAGAGGAUGGUGAUGGCGGAAGGGACCCAGAGAGACAGAGGGAGGAUGGCUCCAAGAGCAGAGGGGAGACAGAUCUUCGUAAAGCUUGGGGAAGAGGACUUUGAUUCCAUUCGUCUCUGUACGUACCGGACAGCCUGCAAGCUCAGAUUUAUACAGAAGACAUGCAACUUGCAUCUGAUCGACAUUUACAACGUGAUCGAGGCGGUGCGCGACGCUGGGCUGAACGCAGUAGAGCUCAACGCUGGUAUCUCUGUUACCAGACUGGAGAACCUGGUUUCCUCCCUGUUCAACCAGCUGAGCAAGCGCCUUCCCACCACACACAUCAUCAACCCGCAAGACAGCACCGUCCUCCUGGUUGAAUUCAUACUGGCCGCCAUUGAUUGUGAACCAGAAAGCCGUCUGACAGUUCUCUCUGUGAAGGCGAUGCUCUCUAUCCUGUGUGGAGGCAAUCUGGUAGAUAAAAUGCGCUAUAUGUUUUCUCAGGUAUCUGACUCCAAGGGUGUCUUAGUUCCUUCCAAGUUUGACAGUUUUUUAAGAGAGGCUCUCAAGCUGCCCACUGCUCUACAUGAAGGCCCAUCCUUUGGAUACACACACACUGUGGCUCGCUCCUGUUUCCCACAACAGAAACGGGUGAUGCUCAACAUGUUCCUGGACAUUAUAGCUGAGCCUCCUGAGUGUCUCAUCUGGCUGCCUCUGAUGCAUCGCAUGGCCAACGUGGAGAAUGUUCAUCAUCCAGUUUCCUGCUCCUACUGCCACAGUAACGAGAUCACUGGCUUCCGCUAUCGCUGCCUCCACUGCCGGGGUUAUCAGCUCUGCCAGAACUGCUUCUGGCGUGGAAAUACCAGCGGCUCUCACAAAAGCCAGCACCAGAUGAAGGAGCACUCCUCCUGGAAAUCUCCAGCAAAGAAGUUCGGUCGAGCCUUGAGCAAGACUCUGGGCUGUGUAUCUUCAAGGGAACCACCCCACCCAAUUUACCCUGAGGAGCCAGAGAGGACCCUUAACCUCACCAACAUAGUCCCCUCCAGACCGAUUGGGAGCACCAAUGAGGCCAUGUUGCUGUCUUCGUCAGUGCCAGAGUCCUCCAAGAGUUUGGCAGCAGCUCACAGAAUAAACGAGGAGCACGCUCUGAUUGCAGCAUAUGUCAAUCGACUGCAGAGCAGCCCUUGUGGUCUAGACAGUCCUAGCAGGCAAGAUGAGGAGCACAAACUGAUCGCUCGCUACACAUCCCGACUGGCAGAGACGGAGAGCACAGGAAUGAUUCCAACAAGGAGCAUCAACUUUGAUGUGAACAAACAGAAGAGGGAGCUCAUUGCUCAGCUGGAGUGCAAAAACCGAGAGAUCUUGGCAGAAAUCAAACAUCUCCGUGCAGAGCAUGACGCAGCGUGUCAGCCGAGCUCAGAGAGGGGCAGCACCAACCCAGCUCUGCUGGCUGAGCUUCGGCAGCUCAGACAGAGGAAAGAUGAACUGGAGCAGAGGAUGUCGUCUCUGCAAGAGAGCAGGAGGGAACUGAUGGUACAGCUGGAGGGGCUGAUGAAGCUCCUCAAGGAUGAGGAACAGCGACAGGCAGCGCAGGCAGCUGGUUCUUCUCACGCUUCCCCCUCUCGACCGAGCCCGUCAGCCGUUCGCUCAGCAGGCGCUCCGUCUCCUCAGGCCCACAUGUACCAUCCUCAAGACUCCCUCGCUGGGGUCGGCGGUGAUGUACAGGAGGCUUUUGCUCAGGGCCCAAGAAGGAACCUGAGAAACGACCUUCUGGUAGCAGCCGACUCCAUCACCAACACCGUGUCCUCGCUGGUCAGAGAGCUCCACUCUGAUGAAGGUCGAGAGGAAGAGGAGAGGUUGCUGAAUGGAAAAGACAGAGCAGGUUAACAUGCCGGCAGAAUAUGUAGGAAAAAACAUACUGGUGUUUCAUCAGUGCCAAAGACGACUGACCCCACCAGGACUAAAAUGUAUCCACAGUACCUGUUGGUCAGCAGUGGGUGGAUUCAGUCUCCUUUGCCAAUCAACCAAUCAUGAUGCUGGACACCAAACGACCGCUGUGGGGUCUCUACUGAUGAAUAGUUGUGGUUUUUUGUGUGUCUUGUCACAGUGUUUUCUAUUGUUGUUUUGAUUUGAUCUUGCAUAAUCAAAUGAGGAAUCUGAAACCUACUGAAAUGUUCUGUAGCGUGUGUGUGUGUGUGUGUUAGAGUGUGCGCCCAUGCAUUGUUUAGUUGGAAGAGGGUCGAGUAAGUGGGAGAGACUCAGAAAGGAGGAUGUGAUUGAGAAGGAUUUUAGGGCCGAAAAGUUUUUGGAUUAGAAAGGAGACGUUAAAGAUGAAAACCAGAGGAAAACAAAUUAAAGAAAGUUGAAAAAAGGAGAAGUGAGCUGAUAAAUUUUAUGUUUGAGCACUGUGUGCUUUAGUAUUUAUUACUUUGAAUAGUUUUUUGGGGUUUUUAUGCCAUGUAUUCAUGCAGUUUGAGUCCUUUAUGUGUAUAUGAGAGUGGUCCUGCUGAGAAAUUUAAGCUUUAAUGGGCUAAUUCCCACCAAGCUAUCUCAUGUGGUUGAGGGGAUAAAGACUGGUGAUCUUGUUCUUGGUGUCUGAAAUAAUAGCGUGUACAAAUACUUGGACAACACGCUUCCCCUAACUGUACAAAGUGAUGCUACAGUAUGGACAGAAACCAAAUAUUAUAGCCCGACUCUGGUUCUAGCACUGUAAAAAUGAACUUUAAUGUAUUGUGUCUAGUGAUGAUGUCCAUUUUUCAACAAUUUCUGUCUGAAAUAAGGAUGCAGAUGGAGCCACAGGUGCCAUUAUGGCAGCUCAAAGUGUCCAGUUUUUACUGUGUAUUCUGGUACUGCAGCUAUCUGAUUACUCUGUAUGUGUGUGUGUGUAGGUUUCAUCAACAGUAAAUGUUUGUAAAACCAACAACGUUUGAAAUAUUUACCUCGACCACUUGAAGAAUCACAGUGCAUGGUAAAAGUAUUCACUCCUCUUAAACUUUAAUACAUCUCGUCAGGCUACAACCACAGCUUGAAUUUGUUGUUCGAAGAUCUUAGGUGGGCUGAAUGCGAAUGUUCGGCUCACAUCUGAGUCGUUGCUUUGUAGAAAGUUUCACUGCAACUGCUGCUGCACGUCUUUUUCUUUGCACAUCUAGAGACUGAAACUUUUCUUUGCCAAAUCUUCAUCUCAAAGCAUCUCUCACUCAGUCAGAUUGGAUGCAGAGCAUCUUUGAGCAACAUUUUAAGUAUUGCCAUAGAUUCUCAGUUGGAAUUUGGGUCUGGACUUUGACUGGACCAUUUUAACACAUUAAUUUGGUUUGUUCCAAACCAUUCCACUGAAGAGAUGACCAUAUAUUUAUGCUUAGUGCCCCAGUCUUUUGCAGCUGGUUUUAUGCUCAAGAUAAGCAUUCCCACAGCAUGAUGUUGCCACCACCAUGUUUUACUGUGGGGAUGAAGUGUUUAUGGCAAACCGUUAAUUUUCUGACUCAGAAGUUCAAGUGGCAUGGGUACUUUUGUGAAGCACUGUAAAUAUCUGGUUAAGAUAACCUUGUCUUAACUAGGUUUGGAAGCUGUUGAUCCCAAAUUAAAUCUUUCAACAUUCUGUCUUAUUCUUAUCUGUCGCUGUUUUUCUUCCUUGAGUUGAAUAUUUUUUUUUAGCUCUUAACCAGUUCAGGACAAGGUCAUCUAUAUAUGAAGGGAUACACUGAUCUAAAUCCAAAACUUUAAGAUCUGCUUUUUAUUUUUUGCAUUAGUUGUUCAGGUUUUGAUGCUUUUAUUUAAAACUUUGAAUCCACACUCUCUAGGUGGGACUGAGCUAUAUAUAAAGAAGCAGAAACAACAUGCUGUGGAUAUUACAAAGAACAAUCAAAGAUGAUUUAUUAUUAUUAUUUUCAUUUAGGUUCUGACAGCAAGUCCUUCUGGUUACAUUUACUGUCAAACUAAAUAAAUGCAGUUUCAGCAGUUUUAUUUUUUACUUUAAAGGUUUGUUAAAGCAAAGCUGAGGCAAACAUGAAAUAUGACUUUAAUUAAAUAAGCAUUUAUUGAACAAAUCUUAAAUUAUUUAGAAGUUGUAGUUUGGUGCGUUUAAAUUUUUUAUAAAGUAACCAAAUGACUAAAGCAGCAUUUUGUCAUCUUACACUUAAUAUUAAUGGUGUAAUUAAAGUGUCUUUUAGUGUCUAAAAGCUACCUGGCUAAGCCAACUCCUUACUUUGCUGUCUUGUUUUGCUUUAUGUAAAAUAUAAGUGACUGUUUAUGAGUUUGAGUUCUGGGGAUGAUGAACUACACCCAUUAAUCCAAGUCAGCAUGCAAAAACAAAUGUUUGAACCAAAGAUGUUUUAUUUUAUUUCAUUCAACACACAAUGUAUUUUUAUCAACGCAAAAUGUUUCAGUGAUUUUCAGAGUUUCCACUCUGUUUGGAAGCUGAAAUCCCACAUUUUGCACAUUUUGUUUCGGUUUUCACCAGAUCUUGACUGUGUUUGACUGACCCGGAUCGUCACGUUUACAGUCUGCGCCGUGAUUGACCGACUGUAUAAAUGAUUCAGCGAAAGAACAAGCUCACGUUUCUCCAUGCAUGUUUAACAGUGACUAAGAGUGUGAGUAGACAGACUUUCCCUGACAUGAAACUGUAAACACCUCGAGCUUUGAACCUGCUGGAAAAGACGAUGUGAGUGAAAAGUGUGCAUCUGUGUUUCAUCUGCAAUAAAUAUUUAUCAUCAA